GAUAGCGAGACCAAGUCUCUCUUUCCUUUAUCUUCUUCUCUCUCAACGCAGCCUUUAAAACCCUAGAAAUCCUCAAAAUUCGCGCUGUAUUUAAGCCCUAAAAGCUCAAGAGAUAACAUGUUUUAACAUUUAGUGAGAUCUGUAGACCAUAAAUUUGAGCUCAGAUUCGGAACUUACCUGAGUUUUAUGCUGAUUUUUCAUAUAUCUGUGCGCUAAAUUAAGAGCUCUGUGCCGUGUGUUUUUUCUUUUUCUCUUUCCUGCUUUUUGUUUGGGUAGUUUUUGCUUUAGGAUCAUCAUCCUGUUUGGCGCUUCAGUUUCGAGGUUUUUUGGAGCAAUAAUGUCGUCUUUGAGCAGGGAGUUGGUGUUUCUGAUACUUCAAUUUCUCGAAGAAGAGAAAUUUAAGGAGUCUGUUCACAAGCUGGAGAAAGAGUCCGGCUUUUUCUUCAAUAUGAAGUACUUUGACGAGAAAGUUCAGGCAGGAGAAUGGGAUGAAGUUGAGAAGUACUUGUCCGGCUUUACCAAAGUAGAUGAUAAUAGAUAUUCAAUGAAGAUAUUCUUUGAAAUUAGAAAGCAAAAGUACCUAGAAGCUCUUGAUCGGCAAGACAAGGCAAAGGCUGUUGACAUUUUGGUGCAUGAUCUGAAAGUGUUUUCAACAUUUAAUGAGGAAUUGUACAAGGAAAUUACCCAACUUUUAACUCUUGGAAAUUUCAGGGAAAAUGAGCAGCUUUCUAAGUAUGGUGAUACUAAGACUGCCCGCAGUAUAAUGUUGAUUGAGCUUAAAAAGCUCAUUGAAGCCAAUCCACUUUUUCGAGAUAAACUUGUCUUCCCUACAUUGAGACCGUCAAGACUGCGAACUUUAAUUAAUCAGAGUUUGAAUUGGCAGCACCAGUUAUGCAAGAACCCAAGGCCCAACCCAGAUAUCAAGACGUUAUUCACUGAUCACACCUGCACACCUCCAAAUGGUCCUCUUGCGCCGACGCCUGUCAAUCUUCCUGUUGCGGCAGUUGCAAAGCCUGCUGCUUAUACGUCUCUUGGAGCUCAUGGUCCCUUUCCUCCUCCUGCAGCAGCUGCUAAUGCUGGUGCUUUAGCUGGUGGAUGGCAUGUCUCUGCUCUCAUCUGUCAGCAGCUGUGUACUGCAUCAUCCAUACAUGUUUCUCAGAAUCAAGUGGCUUCAAUGUUAAAACGUCCAAGAACUCCUCCAGCGAACUCAGGUGUAGUUGAUUAUCCAAAUCCAGAUCAUGAACAGCUAAUGAAACGGCUCCGCCCUGCUCAAUCUGUUGAGGAGGUUACAUAUCCAACCCCUCGACAGCAAGCUUCAUGGUCUUUGGAUGACUUGCCAACAAAGGUGGCUUUGACUAUGCAUCAAUCAUCUACUGUCACCAGCAUGGAUUUCCAUCCUUCCCACCAUACCACGCUUCUCGUUGGUUCUGCAAAUGGUGAAAUUACUCUCUGGGAACUUGCACUGCGUGAGAGAUUGGUUUCAAAGCCAUUUAAGGUUUGGGAUGCGGCAGCUUGUUCGUUACCUUUUCAGGCUUCUAUGGUCAAAGAUGCACCAAUUUCCGUCAGCCGUGUUACAUGGAGUCCAGAUGGAAAUUUUGUGGGGGUUGCAUUUACAAAACACUUGAUUCACUUGUUUGCUUGUACGGCAACAAAUGAUUUACGCCAGCAUCUUGAGAUUGAUGCCCAUAUUGGUGGAGUGAAUGACUUGGCUUUUUCUCAUCCAAACAAACAGUUGUGUGUUGUUACAUGUGGAGAUGACAAACUAAUAAAGGUAUGGGACCUGACUGGCAGGAAACUAUUUAACUUUGAAGGUCAUGAGGCACCUGUUUAUUCCAUCUGUCCUCACCACAAAGAGAACAUUCAGUUUAUAUUUUCAACAGCUAUUGAUGGCAAAAUAAAGGCCUGGCUAUAUGACAAUAUGGGUUCCAGAGUCGAUUAUGAUGCUCCAGGUCAUUGGUGUACAAUGCUUUACAGUGCUGAUGGAAGUAGAUUGUUUUCUUGUGGAACUAGUAAAGAUGGGGACUCUUUUCUAGUAGAAUGGAAUGAAAGUGAAGGAGCAAUAAAGAGGAAUUAUACUGGGUUUAGGAAGAAAUCAGCUGGUGUCGUGCAGUUUGACACAACACAGAAUCACUUUUUGGCUGCAGGUGAAGAUGGGCAAAUAAAAUUCUGGGAUAUGGACAAUAAUAGUGUCAUUAGUAGCAUAGAUGCUGAUGGAGGACUCCCGGCACUUCCACGGUUGAGAUUCAAUAAGGAAGGGAACCUUCUUGCAGUUACAACAGCUGAUAAUGGAUUCAAGAUACUUGGAAAUGCUGCUGGCCUCAGAUCUGUGAGAGCAAUUGAAGCCCCAUCUUUUGAAGCAUUGAGAAUGCCAAUUGAUUCUGCUUCAAUUAAGGUUUCUGGUACUUCUGCCGUUGCAACUGCUAGUCCUGUCAAUUGUAAAGUGGAAAGAAGCUCCCCUGUCAGGCCUUCGCCAAUUCUUAAUGGAGUGGAUCCCAUGGGUAGAAGCAUUGAAAAACCAAGAACCAUGGAUGAUGUUGUUGAUAAGACCAAACCUUGGCAGUUGGCUGAAAUUGUGGAUCCUAUCCAUUGCCGGUUAGUUACUUUGCCUGACACCACAGAUACCUCCAGCAAGGUUGUUCGUCUUCUGUAUACAAAUUCUGGUGUUGGUGUUUUGGCGCUCGGGUCAAAUGGUAUUCAGAAGCUGUGGAAGUGGACACGCAAUGAACAGAAUCCUAGCGGAAAGGCCACUGCCAAUGUGGUACCACAGCAUUGGCAACCGAACAGUGGUCUUCUUAUGACUAAUGAUGUCACAGGUGUCAACCUUGAGGAAGCAGUCCCAUGCAUAGCACUUUCAAAGAAUGACUCAUAUGUGAUGUCAGCAACUGGUGGAAAGGUUUCAUUGUUUAACAUGAUGACGUUCAAGGUAAUGACAACAUUCAUGUCACCUCCUCCUGCUUCAACUUUCUUGGCAUUUCACCCUCAGGACAAUAACAUUAUAGCCAUUGGAAUGGAAGAUUCAACCAUCCAUAUAUAUAAUGUUAGAGUGGAUGAGGUAAAAUCAAAAUUGAAAGGUCACCAGAAGCGAAUCACUGGUUUAGCCUUUUCAACCAAUCUUAAUAUCUUGGUUUCAUCAGGUGCUGAUGCGCAACUUUGCGUGUGGAGCAUUGACACAUGGGAGAAGAGGAAGUCAAUUAAUAUCCAGAUACCUGCUGGAAAAGCUCCCACGGGCGAUACACGUGUGCAGUUCCAUUCUGAUCAGAUACGCAUGCUGGUUGUUCACGAGACACAGUUAGCAAUAUAUGAUGCCUCUAAGAUGGAACGUGUUCGACACUGGGUUGCACAAGAUGGAUUGUCUGCACCUAUAUCUUAUGCAGCAUACUCCUGUAACAGUCAGUUGGUUUAUGCUACCUUUGUUGAUGGUAACAUUGGAGUCUAUGAUGCGGACAGCCUCAGGCUAAGAUGCCGAAUUGGUCCAUCAGCAUACUUACCUCAAUCUAUCUUAAAUGGAAGCCAAACUGUAUACCCUCUUGUUGUUGCGGCACAUCCGCUGGAGCCAAACCAAUUCGCUAUAGGGUUGACAGAUGGGUCAGUUAAAGCGAUGGAGCCAACAGAAUCCGAGGGGAAGUGGGGUGCAAGUCCACCAGUGGACAAUGGCAUGCUCAACGGUAGAACACCAUCUUCAUCUACCACAAGCAAUCACACACCAGACCAACUGCAACGAUGACGAGCUUCCUUGUAUUUAAGACUCCAUCUGUAUCUUAUCCAUGUAGAUUUUAGGGUUAAUACUUAGUAGUCCUUCACCGUACAUCUCAUCAAAGGUAAGCUAGGACAUUGUUGACUAGAGAUAUUUGUUCUUGUAUACUACAGGGUUCUAGUUUCACCUCCACUUCCAACUUCAAUUUGGUUCAACUGUCUUUUUGGCGUCAAAAAGAGUGCCUUGGUUCAUUCACAGAAAUGCUGUAUAAUUCAUCUUAUUCCUUGUAAUAAACUCAAUUAACCCUCUCUGUUUCAACUUGGGUUUUGGGGCAUCCUACAUAUUUCUCAAUGAAUUCCGUCAUUCAUUGCUGGUAUUGAGUUAGUCCAUUCAGGAUAGUUUGAGUCAUAUCUCUUUACCAGUUAUGAAUAGAAUGAAAGUUCACUUAUGAGCUUCUUUUGUCA